AUGACUGAACAACAAAAUGGCGAGGUCUUUGGCAGCUUCGCCAAGGGUGUUGGAUCCUUUUUUGGAGCCGUUAAGAAGGGAGUUGUAAAUAGGCAAGAGGAAAUCAGACAGGCCCGUGAAGCCAGGGAAUUUGGAAAGGUUUGGGAUAGAGAAAAGAAGGCUUGGGUAUUCUACUUUUUGGAUAAGGAAUGGGAGGAACUUAUGGAAAAGCAAAAGAAAUUGAAUCCAGGUGGCUCUACUAUCAGCGCCGGUGGAGAGGACGAACGAGAAGUCAAGGAUCGAGCGUACUAUGAUUUGUUGGGAGUAUCCACCAAUGCCACGAGUGGAGAAAUGAAAAAGGCAUACUACAAGAAAGCAAGAACCUGUCACCCCGAUAAAAAUCCAGAUGAUCCAGAAGCUGCCAAGAAGUUUCAAGAGUUGGGUCAUGCUUACAAUAUCUUGAGCAACGAAGAAAUGAGAGCAAGCUAUGACAAACAUGGUCCGAUGGAAGGCAAUGGGAAUGAAAAUGCUGAAAUGGACCCAAUGGUCUUCUUCAAUGUCAUGUUUGGAUCAACACUCGUGGAGAAAUAUAUUGGGGAACUUUGGAUUGCCGGAACUGCCGAUUCCAUGUUGAAGGACGACAUGAAAGACGGAUCAGACGCAAUGGACAUGGAAACUUAUGAGAAAAUGUCAGCCGAAGAUCGCGAGAAAAAAAUGGAGGAACGAAUGUCCAAAAUGAGAGAAGAGACUGAUUUUAAAAGUGCAAAACGACAAGUUCAGUGUGCCAAACACUUGAGAACUCGGGUGCAAGAAUUUGAAGACAUUGACUACAGCAAAAUAAUUAACAUGGGAAAGGUCGAAGAAUAUGUCAAGGGAUGCAACGAAGAAGCUGUCGAAAUUGCAAAGGGAGCUCAAGGAGCCAUGUAUCUUCAAGCGAUUGGAUUCUCAUUGGAGGUUAACGCGGAAGCAUAUUUGGGAUUUGAAGGCAGUGUUUUGGGCCUCGGUGGUCACUGGGCGAGGACCAAGCAGAAUACAAGUGCCAUUGGAGGGAAUAUGAAGCUUCUUGGUGCUGGCAUUCGGGCGGCCACAGCAGGGGCGCGAGCAAUGAAUCAGGCGGAGUCCCUUAAUAGGGAUGUUGAAGAGUCUGGGCUUUUGGACGAGCAACAGGCUGCCGCACAGAUGCAGAUGCAAAUUGAUGGGUCUCUUCCAGUAUUUCUCGAAUUUGUCUGGGCUAUCAACAAACGUGAUAUUCAAAGCACGCUAGUUGAGGUGUGCAAGAAGUUGUUCGAUGAUGCUACAGUUCCAAAAGAAAUCCGUCUUCGACGAGCAGAAGGUGUUCGUCUGUUGGGUAAGGAAUUCCGAAAGGUUGGAUAUGCUUUUGCAAGACUAAACAAGAAUACCAUGGACGCUGAUGAGAUCAAAGCAAAAAUGUCCGUUGCAGCCAUGGCAACGAUGGCAAAGGCACAGGGACAAGAAAUGACUGAGGAAGAUCAACAGGAGUUGAUGAAGCAAGCGAAGGAAGAGAUGAAGAAUGCUCCACCUUCGUUCAAAAACAAUGGACAAAGUCCACAAAAAACAGAUGGUGAAACAAUGUAG